ACCGGCAAACGUUUUUAUUUCAUCAGGAAUAUUAUUAUAGUAUAAUAGUAUCACCACAACAUGGAAACAAAUAUACGCCCCUCUCGAUUUAUUAUGCUGACUUUUUUCACAGUUAUCUGGCAACGAAACACUCACGUGUGCUACAUCAGAAUCCGCAUCAGCAUGCACUUGCUCAGUGUUUUGUUUAAUUUGUCGGUCACUCACAGUCAAUCCAGGAUAUUUUGUGUAGCAGGCUGCCAGUGUGUGUGUGUGUGUGUGUGUGUGUGUGUGUAUGUGUGUGUGUGUGUGUCAUCUUGCAUAUGUCAUUUCCAGCCCUCUUCCUUUUGGAUAUGCUUCACUCUUCUCGUGUAGGUGGGAGAGACCUUGUGGUUGGAAACCUGACAAUAAAUUGACUGUCCUCCCUCUUAUCACUGCCACAGGAGGAGUUAACCUGUAGCAAAGCGUGGAGUUAAUCUUCUCUGUACUCGGCCACCGGCUUCAAAGUGCUGCCCCGCAGGUUCCUCUCCACCAGUCCGGAGCUAAUUUCCCUCUAACGGUGCAACACUUCACUCCAGGAAUGAAAAUAUCAGUUCUGUCCAAGAAGCUGUGGUGCGUCCACAAACAGCUUGUCCUCGUGCUCACUCCACUUGUGUUUCUGCCUUUACUUUUUACUCUGCCAGAGAAGGAGGGAAGAUGUCUUUACGUGGUCUUGCUGAUGGCUGUAUUCUGGUGUACAGAGGCUCUUCCUCUGGCUGUCACUGCAAUGCUUCCAGUCUGCCUCUUCCCAACACUGGGAAUCCUUCCAGCCAAAAAGAUCUGUCCUCAGUACUUCAUCGAGACCAACUUUCUGUUCCUCAGUGGCCUUGUUAUGGCAUCAUCUAUUGAGGAGUGGGGCCUGCAUCGCAGGAUCGCCCUGAAGGUCCUCAGUAUUGUCGGAGUAAAACCGGCAUGGCUGAUACUGGGAAUGAUGCUGACCACGUCCUUCCUGUCCAUGUGGCUCAGCAACACCGCCACGACGGCCAUGAUGCUCCCUAUUGCAAAUGCCAUCCUGGAGAGCCUGUUUGGUGACCUGGAGACGCUCAAACAGAAGUGCAAGUCUCCUGAGGAUCGUGAGAGCUCUGUAAUAAAUGGCCAGUCUCCUGUAAAGCUGCAUUCACUGCCCUCAGUGCCAUCAGAAAAACAAAUACUGGCAAUAGAUGGGCCGGAUGCUGUGGAGCAGACUGACCUGCGGACAGAUGAGGAGAUCCGGUCAGAAUCAGAGUAUGAGCUGAGAGUGUGGAAAGGAUUCUUGAUCUGCAUUCCCUAUUCAGCCAGUAUCGGAGGAACCGCCACGUUGACAGGAACGGCGCCCAACCUCAUCCUGAUUGGACAGUUGAAAAGCUACUUUCCAGACUGCGAUCUCGUCAACUUUGGCUCUUGGUUUGCAUUUGCUUUCCCGCUCAUGCUUAUGUUCCUGGUUUUGGGAUGGCUAUGGAUUUCAUUUUUCUACGGGGUAUUGAACACAAGAUUGUGUCUUAGGAAACAUGACCGAAGAGCCAAGGCUGAGGCCAAAGCCCAAGCUCUAAUAGAGGAAGAUUACAGAAAACUAGGGCCUAUAAAUUUUGCAGAGGGAUCCAUCUCUUUCUUUUUUGUGUUGUUUGCCAUUCUCCUCUUCACGAGAGAUCCCAAAUUUGUCACUGGCUGGUCUGUGCUUUUUAAGAAGGGGUACGUCUCAGACGCGGUCACUGGUGUCAUCAUUGUGUCCAUAUUGUUCUUCUUCCCUUCUCAGAAACCUUCUCUUAGAUGGUGGCUCGACCCUAAAGGUUCAAACACUCCUUAUGUCCCUCUGCUGUCCUGGAAAAAAGCCCAGGAGUCUGUUCCCUGGAACAUCAUCCUUCUGCUUGGAGGCGGCUUCGCUAUGGCUAAAGCUUGUGAGGAGUCUGGACUUGCUGUCUGGAUCGGAGGCCACCUACAGCCGUUGGCCGAGGUCCCACCUGCUGCAGCUGUGAUGUUGAUCACAGCUUUCCUGGCCUGCUUCACUGAGUUUGCCAGCAACACUGCCACGAUUAUCAUAUUUUUGCCUGUGAUUGCUGAACUGGCUCUUCGUGUCUCAGUGAAUCCUCUGUACUUCAUGAUACCUGCCACAGUAGGAUGCUCAUAUGCCUUCAUGCUGCCAGUCUCCACGCCGCCCAACUCCAUCGCCUUCACGUCAGGACAUCUCAUGGUCAAAGACAUGGUGAAAACUGGCAUCGUCAUGAACAUCCUGGGUGUCCUCUCAGUCUCUCUGGCCAUGAACACUUGGGGCGUCGCCAUGUUUAACUUGAACGCUUACCCAGAAUGGGCUCAUCCAAUCAAUCAGACUGCUCUUACUGGCGUUCACUUAUCAGUCCAGUCGCACAAUGUCACGGUCUGACCACACGCUCAAUGUUACUAUGAACUAAGUACGUAUGACACUGUAUAAAAAUUUUAACAUUGAACAGGGACAAAUGUCUCUAUGUAGAUAUCUACUUUUUCACCUAAUGCCGGAAAACUCAAAGUCAAGAUCUCAUACUGUGAACGCUGGAAAUGUUUUGCUAUUUGCCUUUUCAAAACUGGACCAGCAUUUCAACUCAGCAACAGCAGCGGCUUUGAGCUCUGUGAAGUUCCUUAUAAGGCUGUGGUCAGAGUCUCUGGUGUUUGUAUUGUUUCUGCUAGGCUGACCUCUACUGGAAGAAUGAUAAAUACGUUUGUGAAUAAGUCUCUUGAAGAUUAGUUGAAAUAGCUAAGAAAUCACGUUAGUAUUAUAUGGCACAUCGCUAAAGCCAUGACUCGUGAACAAUAUUUUGAGUCUUGAACAUUAUUGUGUAAAUCAUGACUAAUGAAUGUACAUUUUGUUACAUGUUGUGAUCUUCGUACUGCUGCUACAAACUAUUUAAUUAAUUUGUAUUAUGAUGAUUUAGCUGCACGUUGUUGUGUAUUUGCCAUUCUUAUCAGAGUAUUGGCAACAACUGAAUAAUCUUUAAUAACAAACUGUAAUAUUGAUUCCUUCUGAUAAUCAGCUAUACUGCUGCAGGUGAACACAUGUUAACACAUUUAAGCUCCGGCAAAUGCAAAGAGAGUGUAUGGUUGUAAAUUCCCUACAGUGUUUGCUAGGCGUCGUAAACUGUCCAAGCUUGCAUUGGCCUGACAGCAAUGGCUAACUCAUGCAGGGCUGUGGUGGUUACUAAGUGUAAGCCUGGUCGCUGUAAACAGUCCGCAGUGUUUAUAUGCAACUAUAAAAUGCUCAACCAAAAUAGAGCAAAACAAGAUGUACUUGUGGGGAAACGACCUUUGCUGACACAGAUUUGAGUGAAAGCUGAUUUGUGCUGGUCUGGGCUUUUUCAGAAUCAGCCAGAUUAAAAUUAUUUUCAUAUUUAUUUGUUAAUCACGUGAAACUGAUUGUUUGUAUUUUGUAUUGACAAUAAACUGAAACCAUGAAUCUA